CCCACCUCCUGCACUCGAAGUGCCAGAGUGGGAAAUCAGCCUUGACAGGUCCCUUCCGUGGUGCUGUGCUGUUAUCUGGGACUUCCCAGCCUAGGAGGGGAGCAGCUCUCGGCAUCAUACAUCGGUCUAUGGCAGAGGGAGACCCAUCCAGGCGCUGGGAGCUGGAGAGACAGGAUGUCAAGCGGGCUGAAGCCCGGCUCAGCCAUGGGCUGCAGGACUUAGAGGAAGCACGACUCUACCAAAUGAAUUCAAUGAUCAAAGAGCAGAGGCAGAUCCAGAAGGAGCUACAGAAACUGCAACAAGGCAAUUCCCAGAAGAAGGCCCAUGCGACUCUCGGGGACCUCUCCCAGGAGGUUGGUAAAAGGCCAGCUCUGCCCAUGCUCCCCACUUCGUCAGGGCAGCAGCACAGCAAGAGACAAGUGGAGCAACUGAGAGCACCGAGAAGUAUUUUGCCCAAGAUGGAGGGACCCAGACAGGCAGCCCAAUCACCCUUGCAGCAUCAGACAUGCGACCAUGAUGUCCUGGAUGAUGCGGGGCAGGAGUCCUCUGGAAGGCAUGGGUCAACUUCAACACGCACCCAGGCCAAAGCUGCAAGCUCCAUCACAGACAUCAGCCUGUCAGACCUCAGGCAUUCCAUCGCUAGGCGGCUGAGCACCUCUGCCAAUCUGGCAGAGCAGGAAGAAACCAACAGCCAAGGAGAGCUGGGUACAGGCCCCACAGUGCUGCCCCGUGGACAGACAGAGGCCAGCGAUGUGGAUGGCAGUGACACCAUGCCCAAGCCCACUAGCUGCACAGAGAGAAGGAAGCCUUCCCUUGGCCACGAGAAGCUAAGUUCUGAUACAGAUCCAUAUGCCCCCGACAGAAGCCACCUCAGACCCAUGCACAGCAGGCCUGGGUUUCUGGAGUUGUAUGCUGAAGCCAGGAAGGCCCGGUAUAUCCGGCACAAGGGCAUUCCAGCCUCAGAGAAGGAACUCAGCCUGCAAGAGAUCUUUGGGCAUGAAAACAGCUUAGACCCCAGCCCCCCAGGAGCAGCACAACCCUGAAUGAUGGCUCCUUCCCCUAAGGGAGGCUUGUGAGGGUCAGCCACAGGAAAAGGUGGUCUGCCCUGCUGUCUGGAACAGCCAGCUAGCCGGGGUUAUAAAGUCGUAGAUUGUAAGUCUUAGGGGGCUUAUUCCUUCACCCGCUCACUUCCCUGGUCCUUCUCGCAUGAACAGAGAGCAACAAUACC